ACUGCUGCACUUCCAGGCCUGUUUCUACCAUUAUUAGUAUUAUUAUUAUUAUAUCAGAGGGUCCCCCUUAGCAUUAAUUCGCACAGCUUUACAUUUUAGACCAUCUCGAGAGAGCACCAAUGAUCGACCAUCUGAUGUUUAUUUAUUUAUUCGUUCGUUUAUUUAUUUACUUUCCGUCACGCACCUGAUCUCAUCCUGAUCUCACCCUGAUCUCAUCCUGCUCCAGGUGGAUUGUUGAUGUAUUUAGCUAUAAAAACUGAAUAUAGGUGAUUAUUAACACACACACACACACACAGCGGUGAUGGAGCUCAAUGCUGGACAGUCUCAUGAAGAAUUCAGUUCAGCGUCAUUUGGUCAGACGCUGCAUGGAGAAGUGCCGGUGGUUACACGCACACAAACACGCGCACGCGUAUAGUGGCGCACUCACUGCUCUAAUACACUGCCGUAGUGAGGGAGCUGUGGGACGGGUUCAUUCAGUAAAAAUCUGCUGUGAACGGACCAAGCAGCCCAGUCACCAUGGCAACUGCAAUGACCCCCGAGCCCCUGACACCGCUGUCACGGUGGUAUCUGUACGCCAUCCAUGGCUACUUCUGCGAAGUCAUGUUUACUGCAGCAUGGGAGUUUGUGGUCAAUUGCAACUGGAAGUUCCCUGGUGUGACGAGUGUGUGGGCACUUUUUAUCUAUGGGACCUGCAUUCUGAUUGUUGAGCACAUGUACCUGCACCUGCGUGACCGGUGCAAUGUCCUAUUGCGCUGUCUCAUAUACACCCUGUGGACAUACAUGUGGGAGUUUGGCACAGGGCUGUUGCUGCGUCAAUUCGACGCCUGCCCUUGGGACUACUCACAGUUCAAGUACAACUUCAUGGGCCUGAUCACGGCUGAAUACGCCGUGCCAUGGUUCUGCGCAUCAUUCAUUGUGGAGCGUCUGGUCAUUCGCAACACGUUGCGGCUUCGCUUUGACGAGUGGUCUGAGCCUGGCCAGGUUGGAGGAAGUCCUACAGGAGAAAGAGGAGAAGGAAGGAGAGCAAGAGGAGAUAGAGGAGUGGCCACCAAUGCCAAUGGCUUUGUGAAAGUGGACUGAGUGAGAGUUGUCAUAUCUCUCUCCGUCUUUAAACAUUUAUUUGUCUCGUCUUUUCUUUUUUUCCCGGAAGAUAUUUCCAGCUUUCUCCUAGCUUACCACAUGGGAGAAAGCAAUGUUAAGAUUCAGUUUGUGUGGAUCAGUGAAAAAAAAAAAAAACACAGCUUGAAUAAGGUUUGUGGUUUUAGUGUCUCACAGAGGAGAACUGCACUUUCUACACUAGUGCCCAAAUUCGGAUUUGCCUCAUUUAGGCAACCUCUAACAGCCUAUUAAUCCAGGAAAGAUACAGAGGAUUUUAUUGUGUAGCUUGUAUUGUUUGUCCAUCUCUGUACCCUACCUCCCAGACCAGUCCAUCUACUUUAAAAUAUUGAGUGAUAAGGAACAGGAAAUGAACACAAUAACUAAUAAUUUCAGGAAAGUCCACCUUGAAAUACAGGAAAAAAAAGGCCCAGAAAAUGCUAUAAAAAAUUUAUAUUUUUAGCAUAUUCAAGAGUGUGAUAGCAAAAGAAAAGAAUUGUUAGGAUAACAAAUUUUAAUUGUUGAACUUUGUUAUUUAUUGAUAUUUAUCUAAGGGUAGUUAAGUAACUUAUUAUAGGUUUAGAGUAUGUUGUAUACUGUGCCCUAAAUUAAUGCAUCAAACUUGAAUUUAGUGUUUUUAUACUGAACAACAACAAAAAAAGAAUGCUUGAACAUGCAUGAGAAUAGUGUCUUCCAGAUUUUUUUAACAAGAGGCAAAUCUUACAUGUAUUCUUAAAAAAAGGAAACAAGAACUGUGUCUAUUUUUAACCAAUUAAGGCACAACGGAGUACUGUACUGUUCACUUGUACUGCUAAUAGUUAGGAUUUAAUUAUGGGAUGUCUUAAAAUAUUGUAUAAUAUACUGAGGAGUGUUGAAAGACAUGGAGGAAAAAAGUGAUCUGCUGCUAUGUUCUUUUCUUUGUCCAAAAUAUCUUCUUAUUAUCUUAUUAACUAAAAGUGACCAGGCCUUGUGCACUACCAUCUAUUAACCUAUACAAACAAUUUCUAGACUCUAAAAGGAAAAGUCCAAACAUUAAAAAAAAAAAAAACCUGGUUAAACCCAAAAUAAUUGAACAACUUAAUGCAUGCUGAAUAAUGGUUGAUAAUCUCGCAACGUUUUAAAUAUCUUUUUAUUGUAUUGAAGUAGAUGAUGAUCUUGUAUAAAAAUCCCAAAUAUCCCAUCUGUUUUAUCAAUUAAAAAAAAUAUUUAUACCAAUAGCACCAUUCAUAUUGGAAACCAUUCAUACCUGAAUACAAAAUCUUUCUAAAAAUAAAAAAAAGCAUAAUUCAUAUUGAGAAAAACCUGAAUACAAGAUCUUUCUAACAAAAAAAAACUAAUAACAAAUAAAUAAAAGAAAAAUAAUCCAAAUAUUUCCCAAUAUCAGCAUUAUAGUCCAUUUAGCAGCUUCUAAGUAAAAAAAACAAACAAAAAGAAUUAAGCCAUUUAUAGGCUGAAGAAAGUGUGAAUGAAUAUUAACCUAAAGUUUGAUACAUAUCAGAGCCGAUGCUACAUAUAUGCUUUUAUCUGAGUAUGAGUUGAUCAUGGAGUUGGGGCAAUCAGAAAAGCGUUUCCAUGAUUAAAAUGAGAACAUGCAAACA